GACUCACACUGACAGAGUCACACACACAAACACGCUCGCGCAUCAUUCACAUUAAUUGACUCCUCUUCCCUCUGGGCAUCGAAAACCCGACCCGGAAAAUGCGAGCCAAAUCGGAUCCUCCGGCCCCGGCGGCCUCCUCCUCCGGCGGCAGCGACGGGUCUUCCGGCGCGUCGCUGGAUCCCGCGUUCCACCUCCUCCGCGUGGUCCCCUUCAGCGUCCUCCGCCCCCCUCGGCUCCGGCUGAAGCUGCCCUCCCUGACGCUCCCCUCUCCCAACGCGGUGUUCGCGCUCCUCCUCCUCACCUACUUCAUGGUGGUCUCCGGCAUCGUCUACGACAUCAUCGUGGAGCCCCCCGGCAUCGGCUCCACGCAGGACCCCUACACCGGCUCCGUACGACCCGUCGUUUUCAUGUCCGGCCGCGUCAACGGCCAGUACAUCAUCGAAGGCCUCUCCUCCGGCUUCAUGUUCGUCCUCGGCGGCAUCGGCAUCAUUCUCUUGGAUCUCGCGCUCGAUCGCAACCGCGCCAAGUCCGUUAAGGUCUCCUACGCCUCCGCCGGCGUCUCUUCUGUUGUUCUCGCUUACGUCAUGAGCAUGCUCUUCAUCCGCAUCAAGAUCCCCGCGUAUCUUCGGUGAAGGAGUCUCCUCGCUUUCGUUUAGGGUAAAGUGGCACCUUCAGAAGUAAUUUUAUGUCCAAGUAGGAGAGGUUUCCUUGCUUGUCAAGCUAAAGUUGAACUGCUUGCACUGCCUAGCUGUGGAUAUCUGAAACGAUGGUUUGGUUUGUUGUUCUGCUGGUGUUGCUUAUAGUAGCAUUUGCUG